GCGAAAUACCUCAGCCUUAAGAAAGUGGCAAAUUAAAUUGAGAAAUGGAGAGGCAGAGGACUUGUUCUCUUUUCAUUUACGGAUUUGUCUUAACCACAGUUCUCUAUUUCAUCCCGGUUAGCCUUGCCGCAAGAUUAUUAUAUUCUCCUCCUCAAAACUCUCCUGUCGGGGAAGCUGAUGAGCACGGCCAAAGUAAAAGCGGCGCAAAACCUAGUAUAUCGGAUCAUAGUGGUUCCGCCAUUGGUGAGUCUCCGCCUUCUGUGCCACCUCCGCCUUCUAUAUCGGUUUCUGAGGCAACUCGCAAUGGGACUAAGCCCGUCUUUUCAUGUGGCAGAGGUAGACCAUAUGCUUCUUGUUUGCCUCAGAGACCGACAAGUAGUCCAAGAGAACCAGUUGGAUUUUAUAAUAGGGGAGCGUCACCGUGAUUCCUUAAUUAAUUAACCAGGCAGGCAAUCUGCUUCAAGGUCCGAAGCAAAAGGUUUUGUUAUUAUUUAUUACGCAAUAAUCAUGGAUCCAGCUAUCAUUUGAAAUCUCA